ACUGUUCAAGUGUUUUAUGAAUUUGCGCUUUCUUUCCAACAGAGGGUAAACAUGGCUGAACAGUUAGAAGAAUUUAAUAAAAUUUUAACAAGUUUUUUGUCCGUCGAUAACACCAUCAGGACACAAGCAGAGGAAGCAUACAAUGCUCUCCCACUUGAAACCAAAGUUGUAUAUCUACUCAACACCGUGCAGAACCAGGGCUCACCACGAACAGAUGAUGAGCGUCAGAUGGCAGCCGUUCUUCUACGCAGACUGUUCACAGCUGAGUUUAACGAGUUUUAUUCAAAGUUGGCUCCAGAGGCUCAGCAACAGUUAAAGGAGCAGUUGCUGCUAGCUGUGCAGAUGGAACAGGUUGACUCCUUGCGGCGCAAGAUAUGUGAUGUGGUGGCUGAGGUGGCACGCAAUCUUUUGGAUGAUGAUGGCAACAACCUCUGGCCAGAGUUUCUUCAGUUUCUCUUCCAGUGUGCCAAUGGUCCUUCUCCACACCUCAAAGAAGCAGCCCUUCGGAUGUUCACAUCUGUUCCUGGAGUUUUUGGUAACCAUCAAUCCAACUACUUGAAUCUAAUCAAAGAAAUGCUUCACCAAUCUUUAAUGGAUACCUCUUCAUAUCAUGUUCGAUUCCAAGCAGUAAGAUCUGUGGCUGCCUUCAUUCUGCUACACGAAAAGGAAAUUGACAUUCAGAAACAUUUUGUUGACCUUCUGCCUCUGCUUAUCCAGGUGAUUGGUGAGAGUGUGCAACAGCAGGAUGAUGAUGCUCUUCUCAAGAGUCUCAUUGACAUGUGUGAGUCAACUCCGAAAUUUCUGCGAUCACAAGUCGACAACAUCCUGGACAUGUGUCUAAAGGUUUUUUCAAAUGAAGAUAUUGGUGACUCGUGGAGGCAUCUGGCAUUGGAGGUGUUGGUGACGUUGGCAGAGACUGCACCACCAAUGAUGCGCAAGGAGUCUCCUAAGUACUUGCCCAUACUAGUGCCUCUGAUCCUCAAGAUGAUGACAGAUUUGGAUGAUGAUGAUGAUUGGAGUGUGUUGGAUGAGAUCUCUGAGGAUGAUAAUGAUAGCAACAAUGUGGUUGCUGAGUCUGCCUUGGACAGACUGGCAUGCAGCCUUGGUGGAAAGACAAUGUUCCCACAGAUUGUGCAAAACAUUCCAGAUAUGAUGAAGCAUCCUGACUGGAAAUAUCGACAUGCUGCCCUGAUGGCUAUCUCCGCAGUAGGAGAGGGUUGCCAGAAACAUAUGGAAGAGUCUCUGCCAUUCAUAGUAGAUGCAGUUCUGCGGUUUAUAAGUGAUCCGCAUCCAAGAGUGAGGUAUGCAGCAUGCAAUGCCAUUGGUCAAAUGUCUACAGAUUUCGCUCCCAGCUUCCAAAAAAAGUUUCAUGCUCGAGUGGUCCCUGGACUUCUCACCUUCCUUGAAGAUAAUGAAAAUCCUAGAGUUCAAGCACAUGCAGGUGCUGCACUGGUAAAUUUCAGUGAAGAUUGUCCAAAAAAUAUUUUAACCCAGUAUUUGAAUGCGAUAAUGGCAAAGCUAAACGACAUUUUGGGGAGUAAAUUUAUAGAGUUGCUACAAAAAGGUACCAAGUUGGUAUUGGAACAAGUGGUCACAACGAUUGCCUCAGUAGCUGAUUCUUGCGAGGAGCAAUUCAUCGCAUAUUACGAUACACUUGUUCCUCGGUUGAAGUACAUCAUUAAGGAAUCAACUCAAGCAGAACUGAAGUUGUUGCGAGGCAAAACAAUUGAAUGUAUCAGCCUCAUUGGAUUAGCUGUGGGUUCAGAAAAAUUCAUGAGCGAUGCAGUGGAAGUGAUGGAUUUGCUGCUAAAGACCCACACGGACCUGCCAGAUGACGACCCGCAGACCUCCUACCUCAUAUCGGCCUGGGCUAGGAUAUGCAAGAUCAUGGGCAAGCAGUUCGAGCAGUACCUACCUCUUGUGAUCAAGCCUGUACUUCGAACCGCAUCUAUGAAGCCAGAGGUGGCUCUCCUAGACAAUGAAGAUAUGGAGGAAGUUUCGCAGGAUGUAGACUGGCAGUUUGUGUCCUUGGGGGAACAGCAGAACUUUGGCAUCAAAACUGCUGGUCUGGAGGAUAAAGCAUCAGCUUGUGAGAUGUUAGUGUGUUAUGCCCGAGAGCUCAAAGAAGGGUUUGCAGAGUACACCGAGGAGGUUGUCAAGCUGAUGGUGCCCAUGUUAAAGUUCUACUUCCACGACGGAGUACGCUCAGCAGCUGCCCAGAGCUUGCCUUGUCUGCUGGAGUGUGCACAGAUUAAAGGACACCAGUACCUGUCUCAAAUGUGGAACUAUAUUUGCCCAGAACUGUUGAAAGCUAUUGAAACCGAACCAGAAACUGAAGUAUUGACUGAACUUAUGUACUCAAUGUCUAAAUGCAUAGAAACGCUUGGUAACGGAUGUCUCUCAGAACCACACAUGGCAGAACUUCUCAAAAUUCUAGACAAACAACUAAAGGAACAUUUUGAGAAGGAAGUUGAAAGGCUGGAGAAACGUAAAGAUGAGGAUUAUGAUGAAGUGGUAGAAGAACAGCUUGCUGAUGAGAACAAUGAUGAUAUUUACACUUUGAGCAAAAUAGCAGACAUCAUCCAUGCACUCUUCAUUGCUUACAAAACGGACUUCUUUCCCUACUUGGACCAAAUCAUUGGUCAUUUUGUAAAAAUGUUGGAACCUGAUAGGCCAUGGUCUGAUCAUCAGUGGGGACUUUGUAUAUUCGAUGAUGUCAUAGAGUAUGGUGGUCCUGCCUGCGCCAAGUACCAAGGUAUCUUCCUGGCUCCUAUGUUGGCACAUGUCACGGAUAAGUCCCCAGAAGUGAGGCAAGCAGCAGUCUACGGCUGUGGUGUCUUGGGAAUGCAUGGCGGGGACGUUUUCUCAGCAUCUUGUGCAGAAGUACUACCAAGGCUUGUAGAAAUCAUCACAGCUCCAGACUCGAGAAGUGCAGAAAACAUAAGUGCCACUGAGAACGCAAUAUCCGCUGUCACUAAAAUAUUACAACACAACAAUAAAGCCCUUAAUGUCGAUGAAAUUCUUCCUCACUGGCUCUCAUGGCUGCCUGUAUGGGAAGACACUGAUGAGGCCCCGCAUGUGUACGGCUACCUGUGUCAUCUUAUAGAGAACAAUCAUCCAGCCAUCCUAGGACCUAACAACGCCAACCUGCCAAAGCUGAUAGCCAUUAUUGCAGAAGCUUUUCACAGAGAGGCUAUAACUGUUGAUCACAUUGUUGCCCAGCGCAUGCUAAAUAUCGUCAGACUCAUCCAGGGUAGCGGUGAAAUGUUCCAGUUCUGUGUCACACAGCUCACCCCCGAACAACAGCUAGCACUAAAUCAAGCUUUAAGCUGUGCUAAAUAAUUACCUGCAUUUUGCUUUGUAUAUCCAUUAGACAUUCUGUGAUGUAAAAUUUAAUCCAUAUUAUAUUUUAACAUGUGUAUAAUUAUUUUAUAUUCAUUACUAUUACUUCUUGACGCUAGGCAAGAUUUCAUGUCUAAUAAAUUAAUUGGUUUCUGUUUUCUGUAAAUAUUAACAAGUCAUACAAAGUUUUAGCUUAAACUGGCAACAGAAAAUAAAUAUUGGCACUUAUGCAAAAUGCAAUUUGUAAAACAUAGAACUAUUUUUCAAAGUGGAUUGUAUAAUGUAUUGUUAUAUUAAAAUUAUUUGUCUUCAAGUAUAGUUUUGCCUUGCUUAAUUGAAUAAAUACUUCUGUCAUGUAUUUAGUGCUGUACACCUGUUUUACUCUUGUUUUAGUGUUUUGGUUGUUGUUGAAGGAGUGAUAUUACAUAUAUAUUGCUAUACAUUGUAUUUAAGACUAAGUGUUUUUUAUAUAAUAAUAAUUUUGAAGCUACUAUCAAUCUUGUGUAGAUGUUGGAGCCUCCAAAUGAAAUAUUUUGUUAUUGUUAUAGUUAAUCUGUUUGUCAUAUGCAAAACAUAAUCCAACACCAUAAAAAUUAGUAGGUUUUCUUCAUUGUUAUUAGAUUAAAUUUACGAUAUGUGAAUUUAAUCACUUGAACAUUAUAAUAUUUAAUAAUUUGUUAAAUUAGUGAGUUAUUUGGUGAAAUAAAUAUAAAACUACCUGAACAAUUUUAAACUAUUUCAAUAUCUCGUAAUAAUUGUUAAUCGAUUGUUAUGAAGAUAGUUGCUUUGUGUUUCUUUUAAAUCUUCCAGGACUUUAUAGAAAGUUAUUAUCUAAAAUGUUAUCUUUUCCUACAUAUUGUACUUUGAAUGUUGAGUUAAUUUAUUUUAUUGAAAUUAGAAGAUUAAAAGAGUUUACUGGAUUACUAGUGAGACUGUGCUGUUAUCUUUUUUUAAUAGUUGAAUAUUUCAGUAAUAUUAACAUUUAGUCUCAAAUUACAUUAAUCUCAAAAGUUGUUUGUUUUUUAUAUAUAUAUAUAAUUUCAAACCUCUAUUUUUGUUUUGUAAUUUUGUGCAGUUUCUAGAUCGAAUAUGAAUUGAUUUUUCAUUGUUAAUAAAGAGACUGAUAUUUUUUGCAACCUAAUUAAUUGUGCCAGACAAAAUACUUGUCCCUAAAAGCUUGUAUUUUACAUAAAAAUGGUGCGAUAAUUA